CCCGGCGCUAUAAAGCGCUGGGCUGCCGGCGGGCGCUCGCCUCCCUGCUCCUCGCGCGCCCGGACGCGGCGGCCAGGCUUGCGCGCGGCUUCAGGGCUCCCGCGGCCCGGCGCUCACGGCGGCGCGUUUCCCGCAGGGCGGACUCGUGGGCGAGAUGCAGUGGGUGUGGGCGCUCGUGCUGCUGGCGGCUGUGGGCGGCGGGCUCGCUGAGCGGGACUGCAGGGUGAGCGGCUUCCGAGUCAAGGAGAACUUCGACAAGGCUCGCUUCUCUGGGACCUGGUACGCAGUAGCCAAGAAGGACCCCGAGGGUCUCUUUCUGCAAGACAACAUCAUCGCCGAGUUCUCCGUGGACGAGAAAGGCCACAUGAGCGCCACGGCCAAGGGCCGAGUGCGUUUGUUAAGUAACUGGGAAGUGUGCGCAGACAUGGUGGGCACCUUCACAGACACCGAAGACCCUGCCAAAUUCAAGAUGAAGUACUGGGGAGUAGCCUCCUUCCUCCAGAAAGGAAAUGAUGACCACUGGAUCAUUGACACGGAUUAUGACACCUUCGCGCUGCAGUACUCCUGCCGCCUGCUCAAUCUUGAUGGCACCUGUGCUGAUAGCUACUCCUUUGUGUUUUCCCGUGACCCUAAUGGCCUGACCCCGGAGGCACGGAAGCUGGUGCGCCAGCGGCAGGAGGAGCUGUGCCUCGAUAGGCAGUACCGGAGGAUCGAACACAAUGGUUACUGUCAAAGCAAAUCAGGAAGAAACUUUUUGUAGCAACAUCAAACAUGUAAAAUUCCAUUUGAAAACUUCUACCUAACUCUCAGUCUUCAUUGCUAUUUAUCUUAAUUAAGAGUUUACUUCCCCCCAUCUUCCCUGGGUGAACAGAAAACCUUCAGUACAUACACAAAUGUAUGUGGGAAGGAGAGGAUCUCUUCAUAUCAAAUGUAUGUCUUAUAAGUUUUCUGAGGGACCAUUUGAGCACUGGGAUUCCAAACUUCAAUUUAUUAAAAUAUAGUCACCAGCUUUCUA